AUGUGGAAGCAGUUCCUCAGCAAGCUGCCGCGGACCAAGUCCACGGGCGGCGGCGGCGGCGGCGACUCGGGCCAGUGCAGCGGCGGCGGCAAUGGCAACCCGAUACAGCGCACCAGCAGCGUGCCGGCCGGCGGGGGCGGGGGCGGCCGCUCCGCCUCCACCAUCAAGCGCAUGUCGUCGGCGGUCUUCCCCUCCAGCGUCGUCGCCGGGAUCGAGCCGCUCGUGGCCUUCAAGGACGUGCCCAGCUCCGAGCGCCACAACCUGUUCGUCAGCAAGCUCGGCCUCUGCUGCGCCGUCUUCGACUUCUCCGACCCGGCCAAGAGCUCCGCCGAGAAGGACAUCAAGCGGCAGACGCUGCUGGAUCUCAUCGACUUCGUCGACUCCAGCAGCGGCCGCUACCCGGAGGCCGUCAUCGCCGCCUGCUCCAGGAUGCUCGCCGUCAACCUCUUCCGGGUGUUCCCCCCGAGCUACAGGUCCGGCGCUGGCUCCUCAUCCGGCGGCGAGGGCGACGAGGACGAGCCGAUGUUCGACCCCGCGUGGUGCCAUCUGCAGCUCGUGUACGAGCUGCUGCUCAAGUUCAUCGGGUCCAACUCCCUGGAUGCCAAGAUAGGGAAGAAGUACUUCGACCACUCCUUCAUCGUCCGGCUGCUCAACCUCCUCGACUCCGAGGACCCCCGGGAGCGAGACUCCCUCAAGACCAUCCUCCACAGGAUCUACGGCAAGUUCAUGGUGCACCGGCCCUUCAUCCGCAAGGCGGUCAGCAACAUAUUCUACCACUUUGUGUUCGAGACCCAGCGGCACAACGGCAUCGCCGAGCUGCUCGAGGUGUUCGGCAGCGUCAUCAGUGGCUUUGCAUUGCCUCUCAAGGAGGAACACAAGAUCUUUCUUUGGAGAGUUCUCAUUCCUCUGCACAAGCCGAAGUCAGUUGGGGUGUAUCUCCAGCAGUUGACAUACUGCGUGACACAGUUUCUAGAAAAGGACCCCAAGCUUGCCGGAUCGAUAAUCAUUGGUCUGCUGAGAUAUUGGCCUGUGACAAAUAGCCAGAAGGAGGUGAUGUUCCUGAGUGAGAUUGAGGAGAUCCUGGAGGCUACCAGCAUGGUGGAGUUCCAGAAAUGUAUGGUUCCGUUGUUCCGGCGGAUAGCUCAGUGCAUCAACAGUUCACACUUCCAGGUUGCUGAAAGAGCACUCUUCAUGUGGAACAAUGACCACAUCAUCAGCCUGGUGGCACAAAACCGGCAAGUGAUCAUGCCCAUCAUCGUUCCGGCGCUAGAACAGAACGGCCAGAACCAUUGGAACCACGCGGUCCUGAACCUGACCGCCAACGUGAUGAAGAUGUUCUCGGAGAUGGACGAGGAACUGUUCUCGGCGUGCCUAACCAAGUGCAAGGAGGAUGAGGAAAACCAGGCGUCGUUGGAAGAGAAGCGGAGGCUGAAGUGGGCGAAACUAGAGUCUGCCGCAGCUCUCCAGCCAGUGACCGGCCACACCGCUGUCCUGGUAGGGUAG